AUGAAGUCAUGGUGGCAAGGGGCAUUCACAUUCUUCAAUGUUGCCCUAAGUGAGGAGGAGCAGGUGCUACCUCUAGGAGCCAAAGUGGUGACAACAUUAUGCAAAACCAUAACACAGCCACUUCUUUCUGUUGUCUUCUUUGACAACUAUUUCACCAGUUUCAACUUGAUCCAGAAGCUGCAUGCAAACUUGGGUGUCAAGUGCAUUGGCACCGUCCGACCAAACCGCCUCGGUGGAGCUACCUUGAUGGCAGACAAAAACCUGAUGAAGAAAGGACAUGGAGCUUUUGAUUACAGUUCUGCUGAAGGGGUGAUCGCAGUGAAAUGGUAUGACAACAAAUGCGUCCACCUUCUGAGCAAUGCCUGUGGGAUCAUGCCUCUUUCAACUGUCAAAAGGUCAUCACUCAUUCCUGCCUACAAUCAUCAUAUGGGAGGCAUUGAUCUUUCUGACAUGCUGGUACACCUGUACAAGACCCCAGCUAAGUCAAGGCGAUGGUACGUUCCCCUGUUUGGAUACAUCCUUGACCUGUGCAUCUCAAAUUCCUGGCUGGUCUACAAGAGGGAUUGCAGCCUACUGAAUAAGAAACCAAUGCCACUCAAAAGAUUCCGCCUGGCAGUCGCCCACAGUUUGAUGCAAGUCAACAGGUCAGCACCCAAAGUUGGCCGACCAUCAUCCUGCUCUCCACCACCUCAGAAGAAACGCCACACUGCAAGACCCUCACAACCACAACCAGAUGUGCGUUAUGACAACUGUGGACAUUGGCCACUUCACUGUGACAAGCGCGGGCGGUGCAACCUGUGUCCAAAGGGCGUGUCAAGAUGGAAGUGUCAGAAAUGCAAUAAGAACCACCUAUCUUCAGCCGUUCUGGUGAACUUCUACCGGUCUGUGAUUGAGAGCAUCCUGACCAGCUGUAUCACAGUCUGGUAUGGAAACUCUUCAGUUGCUGACCGAAAGGCACUGCAGCGGGUGGUGAAAACUGCCCAACGCAUAACUGGGACUCCACUUCCCUCCAUUGAGGAGGUCCAGAGGAAACGCUGCCUGCGACGAGCUCGCAACAUUCUCAAGGACUCCUCUCACCCUGCAAAUGGUCUGUUUAACCUCCUGCCCUCCAGGAGACGCUUCAGGAGCCUCCGAACAAGAACCAGUAGACUCAGGAACAGCUUUUUCCCCACAGCUGUCUCCUUAUUGAACUUAGCCCCCCUGUAA